GUGUUCUGCACUGCCCAAGCUGUCUUUGUGGGGCAUGAAGGGCAGUAUGUUUAAUACUUGGAAGCCCAUGUGGGUUGUGCUCUUAGAAGAUGGAAUUGAAUUCUACAAGCGGAAGGUGGACAACAGCCCCAAAGGGAUGGUCCCUCUAAAAGGAAGCUCUAUCAACAGCCCAUGCCAAGAUUUUGGCAAAAGAAUGUUUGUCUUCAAGCUCACUGCCGCCAAGCAACAGGACCAUUUCUUCCAAGCUGCCUACCUAGAGGAGAGAGAUGCCUGGGUUCGGGAUAUCAAGAAAGCUAUUCAGUGCUUAGAUGGAGGCCAGAGGUUUGCUAGAAAAUCCACAAGAAAGUCCAUCAGGCUGCCCGAAACCAUCAACCUGAGUGCUUUGUACCUUUCAAUGAAAGAUCCUGAGAAGGGAAUAAAGGAGUUAAAGCUGGAAAAAGAUAAAAAAAUGUACAACCACUGUUUUACAGGCACGUGUGUGAUCGACUGGCUGGUUUCUAGCAACUCCAUCCGAAAUCGCAAAGAGGGCCUCAUGCUCGCCUCUGCGCUCCUGAGUGAAGGCUACCUGCAGCCUGCAGGGGACACAUCCAAGGCUGCUGCYGAGGGACUGUCAGACACCCCCUUCUUGGAUCUCGUGGAUGCCUAUUACUACUUUCCAGACAGUGGGUUUUUCUGCGAGGGGAACUCUAGCGAUGAUGAUGUUGUCCUGAAAGAAGAAUUCAGAGGCGUAGUGGUUAAACAAGGAUGUUUACUGAAACAGGGGCAUCGGAGGAAAAACUGGAAAGUGAGAAAGUUUGUUUUAAGAGAUGACCCUGCAUAUCUUCACUACUAUGAUCCUGCUGGAGGAGAAGAUCCACUAGGAGCAAUUCGCUUGAGGGGCUGCGUGGUCACAGCAGUAGAAGAUGUGCCAGACUCCAAGAAGUAUGAUAUCAACAACAACCUGUUUGAAGUCAUCACAGCAGACGAUAUCCACUAUUACUUGCAAGCAGCCUCACCCACAGAGCGUACAGAGUGGAUCAAAGCAAUUCAGACAGUUGCUAGAACCGGGAAAUGAAGAUGGUCCAACAGCAAAACAAACACACCACCCAAAUCCAUUUCUUGAAGCAAAGCAGGAAUUUUAGCAUUUCACUGGAAUCAAGUAAUACUGCUGAGAAAGGCUCCUCGUGGGGGUGGGGCUAGGUUUCAGUUCUCUAAUGAGCACUAACAAACUAACAUACCUGAUACUUUUUAAUGGGAAUGUUUUGCUAAAUUAUAACCUCAAACAUGCCUUAUUAGUGUGUGUUUCUUUAUAUAAUUAGACUACCUUGGGAAACCUGCCUAUGUUUCUCCCUGUUCCCACUGCUGAUAUUUCACCAUUAACAGGAGAUAAUAGUGUCACUGACUGUUAGGGACUCAAGGAGUCACCUAUCAUUCAACCUAUGUUGUGCUUUACUGUCUUUGGAUUCUUUCAGACUUCCCAGGACAAAGACCUUGCACUUGCUUUUUCACUAGCCGGGGAUCUCCCUCUGUCUGUGUUCACCUAGAUAAGCAGUGCCAUCUGAGCCGCUCAUUAGCAAUGGUAUCUGAGUGUUAAGAAAAGGAGAAUUGUGACAACUACAGCAGCACUGUGCUUGAAGCCAGUGCAGCUUAGGGACAGCAGUGUGAGUUUGCACACGGGACUGUCCUUCCGCCCACAGUACUCAGCACAUGAAGCAAUCUCAGUACAUCUUCUGCAUCUGCCUGGUUUUGACCUUUGCUAUUUUUUCCUACACGAGUCUGUGCUGGCACUGCUGUUUCUCUUGAUCUGUGACUCCAGAUCA